CAAAUCAGGGAGACUACAUGAGCGAACAGCAACAGAAAAAGUACCACUAGCAAGAAGGACGUACAGCACCAUGAGGUGGUCGUGGAGUCAUCUGGUGCUGGGGGUUCUGCUCGGUAUAGCCUGUGGAACGAUGCUAACACUGCUCCUAGAGGCUAAGUGGGGGGCUCUGAAAUCUCCGGGACCUCAACUCCACCUUAAGUCCAAGAGCUCCCUGUAUCCCCCAAUACCUCUUCUCCCCUUGGCCUCCAAUGCCCUGGAUGUCCCCAUGGAGAGACUCUCAGAAGAACUUUUGACCCCAGCCAUGGCAGUGGUAAAAUAUCCCUAUUCUUACCCCUUCCUGAUUAACCACCCAGAAAAGUGUCAGGGUGAUACUGCCCCUUUCCUGCUGAUGUUGGUGAUGACUCAGCCUCAGGCCAGUGAGGCCCGGGAGGCUAUCCAGACCACAUGGGGAGACGAAGGCAUCGUGCCUGGUGUGACCAUCCGUCAUCUCUUUGUGCUUGGCCUGUUCCCAUCCUACUUACAUAGACGCCUUCAGUAUCUAUUAGAGGAGGAGGAUGCUGAAAAUCAAGACCUGCUCCAGGUGGGCUUCCUAGAUACACAGAGCAACCUAACUCUCAAGACCCUGAUGGGGCUGGAAUGGAUGGCCCGCCACUGCCAAACUGCCCAGUACGUGCUCAAGAUGGAUGGUGAUGUAUUCCUGAACCCUAGCUUCCUGGUACAUCAGGUGCUUCGGCCAAAGGGGCCCCCACAUCCCUCCUUCAUCACUGGCUACAUCUAUAAGAACAGGAUGCCCAUGAGGAAGCCGCACUACAAGUGGUACAUGCCCCGAGAGGUGUUCCCUGGAACCAUCUACCCACCCUACUGCUCUGGGGCUGACUACGUGAUGUCCGGCUGCCUUGCCAUGAAAAUCCUGGCUGUAGCCCAGGAAAUCAAGGCAAUCUACUUGGAGGAUGUGUUUGUGGGGUUGUGUCUGCAGCAUUUGAGGGUGAAAAUCACUCCUAGCCCCAUAGAUAUUUUCCAUUUCUUUGGGAGGGAAUAUGAACGCUGUGAUUUCAACCAGCUUACAAUUGUCCAUCCCAUCAAGCCCGUGGACCUCCUCUGGAUCUGGAUGGACUUUCAAAAGGCCAACACCACCUGCCCCUCAAGUUAGGUUCCGGCAUAGGGACCCUGCUACCCUCCAUCUAGGGCCCACCUGCUCUCCCUUUCCUUCCAGCCUUUCCCACCCCAAAGGACCCCUCUCAGUAGUUCCUACCCUAAUUUGACAAUGGUCCCUCAGGGUGCUGAUAUCAUCAUUAAAG